CACGCUUCAUGUAACGACAGCUUUGACAACACGUAUCAGGCGACAAUUGGAAUCGACUUCCUGUCAAAAACCAUGUAUUUGGAGGACAGAACGGUUCGGUUGCAGUUGUGGGACACGGCAGGCCAGGAACGUUUCAGGAGCCUCAUUCCGAGCUAUAUAAGAGACUCAACCGUAGCUGUGGUGGUGUAUGACAUCACAAAUGUGAAUUCAUUCCAGCAAACUUCCAAAUGGAUCGAUGAUGUGAGAACAGAGAGAGGAAGUGAUGUUAUCAUCAUGCUGGUGGGCAAUAAAACAGAUUUGGCAGAUAAGAGGCAAAUCACAAUUGAAGAAGGUGAGCAGCGGGCCAAGGAGCUGAGUGUGAUGUUUAUUGAGACCAGUGCCAAGACAGGCUACAACGUCAAACAGCUGUUUCGACGUGUUGCAGCUGCCCUUCCAGGAAUGGAGAGCAUGCAGGAGACAAGCAAAGAAGGCAUGAUUGACAUAAAAUUGGACAAACCACAGGAGCCUCCCACUACUGAGGGCGGAUGUUCCUGUUAAUAACUCACAUCUGAUUUACAGCAUCAUCUACACCACAUGCUUGUUGUGUUGCUUCCUCUUGGUUAGCUUCCAGUUGUGUUUUCAGAUAGGAUAUUUGGCCUUCCCAUCUGACUUUUAGUAACUUGUUGGAAUCAGUGUUACAUCAAUUUCAAUUGUAAAAUAGUAUACUUUAGUAACAAAAUUGCCAAAAAUCCUAAAAAUUCGAAAAGUAGAGGGCAAAAAUGAACAAAAAUGUAGACUAUGUCCAGCAUAUAUACUUUUUGAAAAUGUAGAGAGGUAGAUUUUUUUCUUUGUUUUGUAUUUUUGUAUACAAGGAUGAGCACUAAAACAGAUGCAGACAAUAAAUUCUAUAAUUUUGCAGGAUUUCAAAAGCAAGAGGGCAAUUCAAACAACAAAUAACCCACAAAAUAUGGCAAACAUACAUGUUAGCCAUUUUCAAAAGCAUUUCAAUCCAGCUGGCUACUGUGCACAAGAUUAUGUGAAUGUGUAUGUUUUUAAUGCAUUAAUUUAUUUUAGCCUCUUUUUUUUUUUUUUUUUUUUUUUUUGCUGUGACAGAACUUGACAUUUUUAAGUUUCAGGCCAGGUCUUUAAGUGAGUUUGUGUAAAUGUGUCAUUUCAGAUCCCUUAAAACCUUUCCACAUUAUGUGCGAAUUUAAAAAAAAAAAUCUGUUUAUGUACAGUCCAUGUCUUAAUUACACAGUUUAUUGAAUGUU